AUGGAGCUCCCUGCAGUGGUGCUGCUGUUCCUGGUGUAUGGUCUGGUGUCUGGAGCCCAGCAGCCCCAGGGCCAGGGGAACCCCCAGGAGAGCAACCCCCAGGCCAGGAGCCAGGACAGGGCCCCGUCCCAGGAGUUUGAAAGAAGUAAGGAUGGCCUGGAGAGAGAAUUCCUGUAUUCUGGACGGAGGAGCAGACGGGCCCCCGCUGACUCCCAGCAGACUGACGAGUGUUCAUACACCUUCAUCGUUCCCCAGCAGAAGGUGACAGGGGCCAUCUGUGUGAACCGCAAGGAGCCGGACGCAGUGCUGGAGAACCGCGUCAACAAGCAGGAGCUGGAGCUACUGAACGGGGAGCUGCAGAAGCAGAAGAGGCAGAUCGAGACGCUGCAGCUGCUAGUGGAGGUGGACGGAGGCAUCGUCAACGAGGUCAAGCUGCUGAGGAAGGAGAGCAGGAACAUGAACUCCAGGGUGACUCAGCUCUACAUGCAGCUGCUGCAUGAGAUCAUCAGGAAGAGGGACAAUGCCCUGGAGCUGUCCCAGAUGGAGAACCGCAUCCUCAACCAGACAUCGGAGAUGCAGCAGCUCACUAACCGCUACAAGGACCUGGAGCACAAGUACCAGCACCUGGCCUCUCUGGCCAACAACCAGUCGGUUCUCAUCACCCUGCUGGAGGAGCAGUGCCAGGGUCGGCCUGUCAACCCCACUCGCCCAGUCCCCGUACCCCAGCCCAGGCCUCAGCCCCCACCCGCAUCAUCACCACCCAUCAACAAGCCCUACCAACCUCCCACCUACCCACGCCUCACCAACGAGAUUCAGAGUGACCAGAAGUCUGUGCUGCCUGUCCUUCCUACCAUGCCCAGUGGCACAGGCAGCCCCUCUACUACCAACAAACCCUCUGGUGAGUCUCUCUGUUUCAUUGAGCAGGCUGCAUGUUUAUACUUACCCAUUGAAAUGAAUAUUCCUUGAUACAGAUCUGGUCUGAAAUUACAUUUACAGUGAGCUCGGACGCAGCGCUUUACCAUUCAGUAACUUUUAUUGUAAAUAAGAAUAGAAUAUGUUUCUAAACACUUCUACAUUAAUCUGUAUGCUACCAUGAUUACGGAUAAUCCUGAAUGAAUUGUGAAUAAUGAUGAGUGAGACGCACAAAUAUCAAUAUUUGUGCAUCUGUAACUUUCUCACUCAUCAUUAUUCACGAUUCAUUCAGGAUUAUCCGUAAUCAUGGUAGCAUACAGAUUAAUGUAGAAGUGUUAAGAAACAUAUUAUAUUCUUAUUUACAAUAAAAGUGCCUCCAAACUGACAAUACAUUGUUUACCAUUCAUUUCUAUCGGGCACAAAAUAAUCGGAAACACAACCAAAACAAACAACAAAUGUAGAGAGUCACAAGCUUGUUGUAGUCAUUGUGUGCUAUGAAAAUGGGACGAAAUACUUAACUUUUUACUACUUAAUACAUAUAUAAGUGAAUUACUUUUGGAGCACACUGUAUAUGAGGAAUCAAGCAGAAAAAGAGAAGCUGGCAUGUUCUAUGAACCCUCAUCAGACUAAUGUCUAAGCCAGUCUGAAACAGAGGGUUGUGUGUGAGACCAGUUUGGUCUUUCUUAUUCAUUUAUCACCAGACAACAGCAGCUAUCCAUUCUUUAUCCAUUCUUCUCACUAUUGUCUAUGGGAAUAAUAAGUCCCAAACAUUCCCUGAGAAAAGUCCUCUAGCGGAGAACAGAGCUGAUGUUGUUUAAAAGCCAUUUGAAUGCAUAUCAUCUAAUGGGCUUUAUACUACAGUCAGCUGAUGACAAUCCACAAAGCAUCUUAAAACACAUAUUUUGUGUGCUCAUGGAUGGUUGGACUGGAGCCCUCUGGUAUUGAGGCCACUGAAAGUGGAGCUGUCUGAAACUAUCCUCAUUGAUUUAGUAAAUUUAGAAGCUUAAGUUACUGGAUGAUUAAUUGAUAACUUAGUGAACUGUAUAGUUGACAGAAUACAUCAGAGAUGUGGAUGAGACUGACUGUCAUGUUCUUUAAUUGUGUGUGUGGCGAGUUAACUUUGGUCUUAAGCUGAUAAUUGAAGUACAAUCAUCAGAAAGGUCUUCUAACAAAAUAUGCCUAAUACCUACAGUAUAUCGUUUUCUUGUGAUUUCUCCUCUUGUUCAGGUUUCAUCCCUUUCACAAACCUUGCUGUAUUUAUUAUCCUGCUCGUAUUUAACUGUUAACAGUGAUGUGUUAGUUUGUAUGCCUGUGCCAGUGACUAUUGCUGUUGGAUGGGAGUGUUGAGCCACAGGCAGACGUGUCUCAGCGGAGACAGACACCAGAUGAGGGGGAGUUUAGAGACAUGCUCUGUGUGGUCUCAACUCACCAUGGGCUACAAGCCCACUGCCGAGGGGACAAAGCCAGCUUACACUAAAUUGCAUGGUCAAUCUAACCCUGACAAUGGUAGCAUGGUAAGUAUAGUGUUCCUGUUAUGAGAGGAAACCCCGCCACAGGCUAGCAGCAGUAAUUGGCCAGAUGAUGUAUAGGACUCAAGGGAGAGCUCUCAAUCAUCUCAAAGUGAUUUGAUUAGUAUUUUCUUGUUAACAGAUUCUUCCAUUAGAUACCAUGUCAUUUGAAUGUAGUAGGACACACUGGCUUAUUCUAUACAGUAUCAGACCAUUGUAAGCUCUUUCCCUAGACACUGUGUCACAGUGUGCUUUUCUGACUGAUGUGUACAGUCGUGGUCAAAAGUUUUGAGAAUGACACAAGUAUUGGUCUUCACAAAGUUCGCUGCUUCAGUAUUUUUGUCAGAUGUUACUAUGGUAUACUGAAGUAUAAUUACAAGCAUUCCAUAAGUGUCAAAGGCUUUUAUUGACAAUUACAUAAAGUUUAUGCAAAGAGUCAAUAUUUGCAGUGUUGACCCUUCUUUUUCAAGACCUCUGCAAUCCGCCCUGGCAUGCUGUCAAUUAACUCCUGGGCCACAUCCUGACUGAUGGCAGCCCAUUCUUGCAAAAUCAAUGCUUGGAGUUUGUCAGAAUUUGUGGGGUUUUGUUUGUCCACCCGCCUCUUGAGGAUCGACCACAAGUUCUCAAUGGGAUUAAGGUCUGGGGAGUUUCCUGGCCAUGGACUCAAAAUGUCGAUGUUUUGUUCACCGAGCCACUUAGUUAUCACUUUUGCCUUAUGGCAAGGUGCUCCAUCAUGCUGGAAAAGGCAUUGGUCAUCACCAAACUGUUCUUGGAUGGUUGGGAGAAGUUGCUCUCUGAGGAUGUGUUGGUACCAUUCUUUAUUCAUGGCUGUGUUCUUAGGCAAAAUUGUGAGUGAGCCCACUCCCUUGGCUGAGAAGCAACCCCACACAUGAAUGGUCUCAGGAUGCUUUACUGUUGGCAUGACAUAGGACUGAUGGUAGCGCUCACCUUGUCUUCUCCGGACAAGGUGUUUUCCGGAUGCCCCAAACAUUCGGAAAGGGGAUCCAUCAGAGAAAAUGACUUUACCCCACUCCUCAGCAGUCCAAUCCCUGUACCUUUUGCAGAAUAUCAGUCUGUCCCUGAUGUUUUUCCUGGAGAGAAGUGGCUUCUUUGCUGCCCUUCUUGACACCAGGCCAUCCUCCAAAUGUCUUCGCCUCACUGUGCGUGCAGAUGCACUCACACCUGCCUGCUGCCAUUCCUGAGCAAGCUCUGCACUGGUGGUGCCCCGAUCCCGCAACUGAAUCAACUUUAGGAGACGGUCCUGGCGCUUGCUGGACUUUAUUGGGCGCCCUGACGCCUUCUUCACAACAAUUGAACCUCUCUCCUUGAAGUUCUUGAUGAUCCGAUAAAUGGUUGAUUUAGGUGCAAUCUUACUAGCAGCAAUAUCAUUGCCUGUGAAGCCCUUUUUGUGCACAGCAAUGAUGACGGCACGUGAUUCCUUGCAGGUAACCAUGGUUAACAGAGGAAGAACAAUGAUUUCAAGCACCACCCUCCUUUUAAAGCUUCCAGUCUGUUAUUCUAACUCAAUCAGCAUGACAGAGUGAUCUCCAGCCUUGUCCUCGUCAACACUCUCACCUGUGUUAACGAGAGAAUCACUGACAUGAUGUCAGCUGGUCCUUUUGUGGCAGGGCUGAAAUGCAGUGGAAAAGUUUUUUUGGGAUUAAGUUCAUUUUCAUGGCAAAGAGGGACUUUGCAAUUCAUUGCAAUUCAUCUGAUCACUCUUCAUGACAUUCUGGAGUAUAUGCAAAUUGCCAUCAUCAAAACUGAGGCAGCAGACUUUGUGAAAAUUAGUAUUUGUGUCAUUCUCAAAACUUUUGACCACGACUGUAGACACUGUGCUCUGUACUCUGCUAAAUAGUUCACCAAAUAGCUACCCGGACUAUCUGCAUUGACCCUUUUGCACGAACUAUUUUUGACUCUAUGCAAACACACUGGACUCUACACAGACUCACACAUACUUACACUGACACUCCAACACAUACACACUCACUCACUCACACAUAACAUGUACACACAGGCACACAUUCACCACACACAUCCUUCCACAUUUCCACACUCAUCACAUACGCUGCUGCUACUGUUUAUUAUCUAUCCUGAUGCCUAGUCACUUUAUCCCUACCUAUAUGUACAUGCAUUGGGGCAGGUAGCGUUCUCCUGGCAUCCGCCAAACCCAGAUUCGUCCGUCAGACUGCCAGAUGGUGAAACGUGUUUCCACUGCUCCAGAGUCCAAAAGCGGCGAGAUUUACACCACUUCAGCCAACGCUUUGCAUUGCGCAUGGUGAUCUUAGGUUUCUAUGCGGCUGCUUGGCCAUGGAAACCCAUUUUAUGAAGCUCCCAACAAAAAGUUAUCGUGCUGACGUUGCUUCCAGAGGCAGUUUGGAACUCGGUAAUGAGUGUUGCAACCGAGGACAGACGAUUUUUACGCUAUAACAGCUUCAGCUCUCUGCGGUUCCGUUCUGUGAGCUUAUGUGGCCUAGCACUUCGCGGGCUGAGCCAUUGUUGCUCCUAGACAUUUCCACUUCACAAUAACAGCACUUAUAGAUCGCCAGGGCAGCUCUAGCAGGGCAGAAAUGUGAUGAACUGACUUAUUGGAAAGGUGGCAUCCUAUGACGGUGCCGCGUUGAAAGUCACUGAGCACUUCAGUAAGGCCAUUCUACAGCCAAUGUUUAACUUUGGAGAUUACCAGGACAAGUACUCCGAGCAUGCGCUGACCAACUGGCAAGUGUCUUCACUGACAUUUUCAACAUGUCCCUGACAGAGUCUGUAAUACCAACAUGUUUCAAGCAGACGACCAUAGUCCCUGUGCCCAAGAACACUAAGAUAACCUACCUAAAUGACUACCGACCCAUAGCACUCACGUCUGUAGCCAUGAAGUGCUUUGAAAGGCUGGUCAGGGCUCACAUCAACACCAUUAUCCCAGAAACCCUAGACCCACUCCAAUUUGCAUACUGCCCCAACAGAUCCACAGAUGAUGCAAUCUCUAUUGCACUCCACACUGCCCUUUCCCACCUGGACAAGAAUGCUACGUGAGAAUGCUAUUCAUUGACUACAGCUCAGUGUUCAACACCAUAGUGCCCUCAAAGCUCAUCACUAAGCUAAGGACCCUGGGACUAAACACCUCCUUCUGCAACUGGAUCCUGGACUUCCUGACGCCCCCCCCCCCCCCCCCCCCCCACACCUCUCUUUUAUGCUGCUGCUACUCUGUUCCCCUCCUGUACUCCCUGUUUACCCAUGACAGCAUGGCCAGGCACGACUCCAACACCAUCAUUCAGUUUGCCGACGACACAACAGUGGUAGGCCUGAUCACCGACAAUGAUGAGACAGCCUAUAGGGAGAAGGUCAGAGACCUGGCCGUGUGGUGCCAGGAUAACAACCUCUCCCUCAACGUGAUCAAGACAAAGUAGAUGAUUGUGGACUACAGGGAAAAAAAGAGGACUGAGCACGCCCCCAUUCUCAUCGACGGGGCUGUAGUGGAACAGGUUGAGAGCUUCAAGUUGCUUGGUGUCCACAUCACCAACAAACUAUCAUGGUCCAAACACACCAAGAUAGUCGUGGAGAGGGCACGACAAAGCCUAUUCCCCCUCAGGAGACUGAAAAGAUUUGGCAUGGGUCCUCAGAUCCUCAAAAAAUUCUACAGCUGCACCAUCGAGAGCAUCCUGACUGGUUGCAUCACCGCCUGGUAUGGCAACUGCUCAGCCUCUGACCGCAAGGCACUACAGAGGGUAGUGCGUACGGCCCAGUACAUCACGGGGGCCAAGCUUCCUGCCAUCCAGGACCUCUAUACCAGGCGGUGUCAGAGGAAGGCCCUAAAAAUUAUCAAAGACUCCAGCCACCCUAGUCAUAGACUGUUCUCUCUGCUACCGCACGGCAAGCAGUACCGGAGCGCCAAAUCUAGGUCCAAAAGGCUUCUUAACAGCUUCUACCCCCAAGCCAUAAGACUCCUGAACAGCUAAUCAUGGCUACCCAGACUAUUUGCAUUGCCUCCCCACCCCACCCCACCCCAACUCCUCUCUUUUACGCUGCUGCUACUCUGUUUAUUAUUAUUUAUGCAUAGUCAGUUUAACUCUACCCACAUGUACAUAUUACCUCAAUUACCUCGACUAACCGGUGCCCCCGCACAUUGACUCUGUACCGGAACCCCCUGUAUAUAACCUCCCUACUGUUAUUUUAUUUUACUGCUGCUCUUUAAUUAUUUGCUUUCUUUUCUUUCUUAAACUGCAUUGUUGGUUAAGGGCUUGUCAGUAAGCAUUUCACUGUUAGUCUACACCUGUUGUUUACGAAGCAUGUGAGAAUUAAAAUGUUAUUUUAUUUGAUUGAUUUGAAGGGAGGCAAGCAAUUUCCUGCCAGGGCCAACUGCAACUCAUACACCAAAGUUUAUACAAACUCACCACACAGAAAGAGAGUUCUGUACAAUGCAGAAAGGGAGGGAGAGAGAGAGGUGUGGUGGAGGGGGAGCGAGAGAGAGAGUGUAAGGAAGGGGGGGUAUGAAAAGACAGAGGAAAUGUGUGAUGUAAUUUAUUCCAGCCCCACCAGGCUUGUAUCAAUCAAACGUUCUGCCACAGUGGCAGGCUUUAUCAGUAGGGCAGUCCUCUGGCUUAUGUCUGAUUACUUCUUACAUGCCAUCUUAGCACAACCUAAUACUUAUCCCUAUUUUAUAGAAGUGACUAGCCAUUUUAUCCUAUCAGUUUACAAUGUGAACCUUUGUUCAUAUGUCUCUAUAUGUGUGACACUGUGCGACACCUUGUGGUUGACAGUCCUGCUUGGAAUUAGCUUCUUGUUUCCCUCCUUUUUAUACUGAUACAGUCAGGCUGUCAGUGUGGUCGCUUUAUGAAAGCCUGACAUCUCCCUGACUCACAUACGGUCUUUUCCUCAUUUUGCUCUCUCCCUACCCUGGCUGGAUGUAGACCAGCUGCUUCUGCCUCUGUGUGGAUGCCUCUCUUCCUCCUGUUUCUGUACAAAUGUCCAUCGUGUUCUAAACAGGGUCAUUUGGCGAAUCACAUCAGUGUAAACUCUUGAAUAGGUUAACACUUUCACAUCCAAUUAAAAAAGUGGAGCCAGAAGCCCAAUAGAAGACUGUUUACAUGUAUGCUGACUAGAGAUCUUCUGAGGGGGAGAGUAACUAACAGGCAAUACGCCAAUUCAUGUUUUUACAAAUGUGAACCAGAACACCAAGACAAAUGAAUAAACCAAACACAAGCAGCAUUUAACAUAAACUUCAUUCCUAGUUAAAUUAUAUACUGCAGAGAAAUAUAAAACAUAUCCUGCUCAGUCGUUGGUUUCUGUCAGGGCGUCCAUCUUAGCAUUUGGGUCUGUUAUACACUGAGUAUACAAAACAUUAAGAACACUUGCUCUUUCCAUGACAUAGACUGACCUGGUGAAACCUAUCAUUCCUUAUUGAUGUCACUUGUUAAAUCCACUUCAAUCAGUGUAGAUGAAGGGGAGGAAACAGGUUAAAGAAGGAUUUUUAUGCCUUGAGACAAUAGAAACAUGGAUUGUGUAUGUGUGCCAUUCAGAGGGUAAAUGGGCAAGACAAAACAUUUAAGUGCCUUUGAACGGGGUAUGGUAGUAGGCACACUGGUUUGUGUCAAGAACUGCAAUGCUGCUGGGGGGUUGUCUAACCCAUAGAUAGACAACCACAAUAGUCCGUUUUCACAUUUGUCUUCAAAACAUGACCACUAUAAAAUACCUCACCACAGUAUUUCUGUAAAAUGACCAACUGCCAAGAUGGGAAUUAUGUCAGAUAAAUGAAAUGUGAAGUUUACGGGUGAACAUUUUGGAAUUUGGGAUAAAUUCCAGAGGUCUCCCUGGCAGAAAAGUACUGAGGUAAGAUAGGGUUUUAUUCAGGAUGAUCUUAAAUGAGUCCAAUUCUAGAAAUCCUUUCUCUUUAGUAUAACAAACAAAGAUAAGCAACCAGAUUAUUAUUUUGUAGGCCUGUUGAGGUAAUGUUUUUCAGAAAGUGUCAUUGUUGAGCUGCAAAACACACUCAGUCUGAUGCAGAAACAGCAACCACCACCAUCAGACCUUUAUUCUCAGCCCCCUACUUACACUCAACAUCCUCCUCCACCCAAACACCUUUAUUUAAUCACUCCCACCCUCACCCUCCCACCCCCACCAGUAGACAUUUGUACUUCUCUGAGUGAGAAAAGGGGCUGGCAUCUAGCAUAUAGACAGCUGUAUGGCACAUUGUGAGGUUGUGAGUGGCAUUUAGUGCCAUGCUGUGUGUCCUGGUGAGAGGCUCAUUUCAAAGCCACACCACCCAUGUAAACACACAGGCCUUUCAGAUGAAGGAUACCACUGUCUCAGCAGAGUUUCCAUGGCUGAUAUCUGAGAUUCCAUUACCAGAGAAUGGCCAAGCUAGAGCCCACUGCCAAGAGCACAUGCUAUAUGAAAACACUAUCGUUCAGAUAGAAUGUCUCCGAUCUGCAUAAUAGCACAACAGCUCUCUGGAUGAGUAUAGUACAGGAUGAGGUUUUACCUCCACCGGGGUAGGUCAAAAACACCCAUUGACAAUAACUACAUGGGAAACAUGCAUACUAAAUGCAUGAAAUCAUGGAGUGGCACCUACAGAGAGUACUGUUUAUCGUUUGGCUCAUUUUGCUCAGAGCUUUACUAUGAUAGCUGUUGCAUCCUAAAUGGGUUUAGGAAGACAUCAAGUAUUAACAUACUUUUUAACUCUAUUUCAAUGAAAAGUAUUUUCUUAAAGCCCAAUGCCCAUGAUGUCAUUCAUCACCAAGGGAUCUUUAGAGUACCUGCUGAUCCAUCUGCUACUGUUGCAUCAUUCAGCAAUCAGGUCUCCCUUUAGCCAUAUGCCAAUGUUACUCUUGGCUGCACAGCCUGCAGCCACUUCUCUUGUGAGAGCAGCAGCCAAAGUCAACGCUGGCCUUAAGCUGAGAGCUUUUCCUACUGAAGGAUGGUAGUAGCAGCAUUACAGAUGUAGGAUCUUCAUUUGAGACAGUUUGCUACAGCAGGAAAAUAAUCCUUCAGUAAAAGGAAAUGUUAAUUAUUAUGUAGAUUAUAAUUAAUGGACAUUUUUGUAGAUAUUGAUAAAUUUUUCGUAAGGGGAAAUCAAGUCAAAUUUCAAAAUGGAAAUUACAAACUUUAGAAGCCCUUUUAAACCUCAAAUACACUGCAAGUUUUUCAUUUCCUGCAUUGCAGGAAGGUUCUCCUGCAACAGGGUGAUCAAAUUAUGAUCCUACAUCUGUAACAGUAGAUCAUGCUGUGGUCAAUUAGGCUACAUAGCCUCUGUCUCUAAUACUGUUAUAGUCACACAAUAAUAAAGUUUUAUUCAUUAUGAAUAUAUGAAGACUAAAGAAGCAAGUGACUCAUAUUAUAGAAAAAUAUGUCAUUUGACAACCUCCAUUGACUCCACCUUGGUUUCUGUCUGACCACUGUGUCUAUCUCCUGUCCUGUCCCAUACAGGGCCAUGGAAGGACUGCCUGCAGGCCCUGGAGGAUGGCCACACAGCUAGUGGCAUGUACCUGGUGAAGCCAGAGAACGCCAACAGACUGAUGCAGGUGUGGUGUGACCAGAGACAUGACCCUGGUGGCUGGACUGUCAUCCAGAGGAGGCUGGACGGAUCAGUCAACUUCUUCAGGAACUGGGAGACUUACAAGGUAGGUAAGCAGCCCCACACUACGGCAAACUCAUUUAGUAAAGGGGGAGGCAGGUUCAAUGUAGACUUGUGUCUGUAUGCUGAGCCAUGGCUGAGUGAAACAGGUGACAUGUCUGGUGUGUCUGACGUUAAACAGAUCUGAAAUGUAAUUGUUGAGGUUUGAGGAGAAUGGUCACUUGCACUGCCUGCUCUGCUGUGGUACCUACAGGGUUCUGCACCUAUCAGUCACAACACUGGCCUAUGACUCAUAACACCCGCCAACAUGAGUUGGGUCUUUGUGAAAUUUGUCCACAUAGGACGCAUACAAACUUAAUGACAAACAUGUGUAGACAAGAGGCUGCCAUACUGGAAAUAAAUGCCAUGAUAUAAAAACAGCCCACUGUAAAAUGAUUCAUGGUCCAUGAAAAUUAUUUAUAUUUACAUCAUGGAAAUGGUUUAUGAUGAGGAAAAAGACAUGGAUGAAUUCAGGCAUUUACACAACUUUACACAGGCAUUCAUGAGGACAGCAUGAAAUACUAAUUGAUGACUAUUGCCAGUGGGGAAUUCGUUUUUCCUGAGUCAGUGAAAGUAUCUAAAGCACUAGAAAAGGGCGAAGCAAUUCAAGGGCAAACAUCAGAGGGCAGACAAUUUGCAAUGGUCUUGUUUAAAUCUUUGCCAGAUAACUUUCCAAGACCUUACAAUACACCUUAAAACACAUGGGAAUUAAAUGUGUACAAUAGCCAGAUCAUCCCAUGAAUCAAAGCAUCUACAGUGUAAUGUAAGCCAUAUUAUAUCCUUUGACCUAAGCUGGCACAGAGCUGAGGCAGAACAGUCCAGACCAGCACAAAUCUUGUAACAAGCUCACAGAUCUCCCACUCUUCUACACAGGCCAUCAAUACAUUUUUGAUAACUGAAAGAUAGUGAAGAUCUAACCUCCCGAAUACCGGGCUGGCUAUGGUGUAGUUGGCUCAUGGGCCGUUUGCUGUUAUCUUUUCUGACAAUAAACAACACUCUAAGACAGAUUCAUAUGGAGCUUAACUGUCAGGGCAUUCUAGAAGGACUGUUCCUCUCAGUACUUCCAGGGCAUUGAGUAGAGUAGAGCCUAUGAAUUAUCCCCCAGACCUCCAGACCAACUGCUUACAGAUGAAGGGACUUCUGUAAAGUCCAUCAUGUUGACUGUGUUGUAUGUAUUCUCUCUUUGCCCCUCAUAGCAAGGCUUUGGGAACAUAGAUGGAGAGUAUUGGCUGGGCCUGGAGAACAUCUACUGGCUGACCAACCAGGGGAACUACAAGCUGCUGGUGACGCUGGAGGACUGGUCUGGCAGGAAGGUGUUUGCAGAGUACGCCAGCUUCAGGCUGGAGCCUGAGGCAGACUUCUACAAACUCAGGGUGGGCCGCUACCAUGGCAACGCCGGAGACUCCCUCACCUGGCACAACGGCAAACAGUUCACUACGCUGGACAGAGACCAUGAUGUGUUUACAGGUAAUGUCAAGAUCAUACAGCUGCAUACACUCUCAAUAUAAAACAGAAAUGUGAGAUAAAAGCUUCAGUGUUCUGACAAUUAGCCAAGUUAACUGACAAUUAACCUAGUGCUUAGAUUUUGUUUGAGAAUGCUACAAUGUUGUCUAACUAAUAUUUGCUUCAACCCAGGUAACUGUGCCCACUACCAGAAGGGAGGCUGGUGGUACAAUGCAUGUGCCCAUUCUAACCUCAAUGGAGUAUGGUACAGAGGUGGACACUACCGCAGUCGCUACCAAGAUGGAGUCUACUGGGCUGAAUUCAGAGGAGGGGCCUACUCCCUGAAGAAAGUAUCUAUGAUGAUAAGACCGAACCCAAACACCUUUCAUUAAGUAUCCAUGGCAAAACAACUUCCUUUCCAUGAAAACUUAAAUUCAAACAGCUCUUGAACUCUGAUACAAUGGCACCUCACACAGCCAGAUCAAGAAGACGAUGACAUAGAAAGUGCAAUAUCUAAGCCUUGGAGAAGCAAUCAAGGAGAAGCAGGGUGCGUCAUGUUGCUUCAAAGUCCCUUAGCAAACUGUUUGGCCAGAUACAAUGCUAUUUCACGGCUAGCUCUUAAAUGUACACGGAGAGCUAACAUUAAUAAUAUG